AUGCCUGCUCGAGUAGCUUCAGCUGACAGCAGCCCUUGCCGCACUCCUUUGGUUUCCACCCAAUGUAAACGCCAUGAAACCAGAGGCAGCUCUAUCAACACCCAGGCGACGCCUGCGCUCGCCCAAUCCAAGCGCAAGUUCGACCUCAAGAUAACAAUGCUCCCAAAUACACAGCCAGGCAACAUGACUUCACAAGAGGCAUCGCUCAAAACGUCUUUUCCUGUAGUGGAGGAUGAACAAGAGAAAAAAUUGGUUGAAGUUGCCCUCAGUACUGCGGCAGAUCCAAGCCACGACUUGACCUUCCAAGGCCAACCUAUUAGCCCCAGCAUGGGGGUGGUCAUGAGGUAUCUAACUCAAUCAGCUCCAGAGCAAAACUGCCGAGAAUUCAGCGGUGUGAGAGCAGAAGAUUUUGAAUUGAUACAACGUGUUAUAGAAUCGGGCCGAUUAUCGGCGAAGCCAAGGCGAGCUUCUCGCUUCUCAGAGUUUGCCAAUUUUGAGCUUACUUACGACUACAACGACCUCUUACUCAUCGUCGAGAUGCCCACUAGCUUGCACGAGGAACCAUUCGACUAUCUCAAAGAAGUCUUCACCUUAGCGAUCGCAAAUCUUCCUUAUAACCGUGCCGUUGUUCGUCCAAGGAUCCAUAUGAACUACCGGGGUUCACGGUCCACCCCAAACCAGAUCGGCCAGCCUGUCAUGGUCGCCGAUCACAACUGGUGCGAAGUGGACUCUGUCCAGUUCUUUGUAUGGGCUAGAGACCCAUCCAGCGACACUCCUAUCAACGUUGAUGAUCACGACCCUCAGCGCAUGGCUUACGGCACGUUGAUGCCAUACCUUGAAUAUGGACGCUGUCACCGCCAUGUUGAAUUCGCCAACAUCACACUGCCGGUCUACUGGGACCUCGCUGCUUCGGGAAUCUCGAGUGCUGUCAACACCACCGCUCACCAGCGUUACGUAGACUGGUUCACGCGGCCCCGCGCUUCGGUGCCAGAGGAGCAGCGAGAACCAAUGAGGACUCGCUCCCGCGCACGCGGCACACAUCCCACCAUGCGCAAGCUUGCGAGCUCUUCCUCCCGCAAGUCCAAAGGCAAGAGCAUUGGCGUCAGCAAGCGUGCAAAGGCAAGCACUUCGUCCAUGGGCGAUCGUUGA